UACACAGCCCAGAACCAAACCCAUAUAAAAAACACUAUCCUUGGCUCUAGGGUUUCGAAGUCCCCUUGCAUUCUAUCAAAAGAAGAGAGCUUCCAUCGUCUCUGCAGCAAAAAACAAAAGGGGCUUACAUUUUAGCAACCAUGAUUAUCCCAGAGAAGAACAGAAGAGAGAUCUCCAAGUACCUCUUUCAAGAGGGAGUUUGCUAUGCGAAAAAAGAUUUCAACCUUGCAAAGCACCCAGAGAUUGAUGUUCCCAAUCUCCAGGUUAUUAAGCUCAUGCAGAGCUUCAAAUCUAAGGAAUAUGUUCGUGAGACAUUUGCAUGGAUGUACUACUACUGGUAUCUUACCAAUGAUGGGAUUGAGUUUUUGAGGACUUACCUGAAUCUUCCAUCAGAAAUUGUUCCUGCUACCUUGAAGAAACAGGCAAAGCCUGCUGGUGGUCGCCCAUUUGGAGGCCCACCUGGUGACCGUCCCCGAGGUCCACCUCGCUUUGAAGGAGACCGUCCUAGAUUUGGUGACCGUGAUGGUUAUCGUGGGGGCCCUCGAGGGGGUGAAGGUGGUGAGAAGGGAGGAGCUCCAGCAGAUUACCAGCCUGCAUUUAGGGGCUCUGGCUCUGGUGGAAGGCCUGGCUUUGGACGUGGAGGAGGAGGUUAUGGUGCUGCUCAAUCUAGUUCUCCUGGUUUUGCUUGAAGGCAUCGCAUGUCUCUUACAGUUUUGUUUUUGUGCUCUCUAUCAGCUCUCUUAGCAAUCUGCAACCUUGAGACUAGAAUACCAAGGCUGUUUUUUUUUUAAGUAAUCUUGCAUAAAGUUUGCUAUUUGAUGAAAUGGAACAGAGAUUUUUCUGCUUUA